AUGCCGUCACUCGACGCUCGUGCGCAUCUGCGACAAGCCAUUCAGCCUCUGGAACGGCCCGCUGGAUACAUCUCGAGAGCUCUGACCGCCGGAUUCUAUCCGCUCAAGGGCAUCUACUAUUUCCUGGCACAUCCAGCCUACUAUCCUCUAUUCUUGGGCCGACUCCUGCCGCUUUCGCUCAUCUCGGUCCUCGUCUACACGAUUCUCUUCACUUUUGCCUUCCUGCCGCAAUAUGCCUUCCUGGCCAUCUUCCACGGUUGGGGGGCUUGGGUCAAUGCCGUAUUCCUGACGUUGGGCGAAGGGCUGGUGAUCAUACAAGGAUUGUUCGAGGGCUUCUUCGUUGACGAGUGUCGCGUGGAUGUAUUUGAUGCCACCCUCAUCGACAAAGGUCUGGUCGAUCUGAUUAGACCUCACCGAAUUCUCUUCCCCGAUGCUCCCAACUCUGUCAAGAUGCUUGGCAAGCCGACGACCGAAGCCGCCUACCAACCCUGGAGCCUGAUCCAAAUUGUCGAGCUGAUCUUCUGGCUUCCUCUGAACCUUAUUCCUUACGUGGGAGCUCCAUUUUUCAUCUUGAUCACGGGAGCUAGACUCGGAACUUUUGCACAUUUUCGCUGGUUCGAACUCCACGGGUUGAGCAAAAAGGAGCGCAAGCGGGAGAUCAGUAGAAGAAGGUGGGACUACAUGUGGUUUGGAGUUGUGGCGAUGCUGCUGGAGUUGGUGCCCAUCUUGUCGUUCUUCUUUCUAUUGACGUCCACCACGGGCUCGGCGCUUUGGGCUGCGAAAUUGGAACAUAAAAUGCACCCGCCGCCAGCUCAGGAACCCGAAAGUGCAAAUGCCAGCGCGCCGGCAGAGAUAGAUGAUCCUGAUGCUCCACCUCCGCCAUACACGGAUGAUCCCGUCUAA